GCGCGGGCCGGAGUUGUUGUAUACGAACACGCCUCGUCCUCGUGCUUGAUUCGGAUUUCGCGCAUUUAUUACUGGACGAGAGGGGACCUUGCUUGGGGCUCCCGUUACCCUUGUGCGGCGCCGGCGGGCGGAAACCGAAAGGCAAAUCGAGGGCGGCGGGCGCUGGCAUAACCACCAGCAGAGGGGGAAAAACCGAGCUGCGGCGCGCGCGGAAUCGGGUUGUGGAGGCGUCGGCGUCGGCGAAUAGGAGGAUAUUAUGGAAGCGGAAGAGGAGGCGGUGUCGCUGUCCCCGGAGGAGGAGGAGGCGAGAGGGCGGACGGCCGUCGUGGCCCUUUCACCAUCUCGGGAGUGGAGAUCGAUGACAUUCUCGGCAUGCGGGGGGAAAGCGAGGGAACCGCGUUGUGGCGGGUGAGGAAGGCUGAACUGGCUAACGAGGCGACGAUGGAGCGUGUGAGGGUGGAACUGGGGUGCGGGGAUCCGAGGAAGGUGGAGGAUCUAGAGGUGAUAAGAUCGGACUAUGAAGCCUGGGUUGCUAGCCAGUUUCGCACUUUGGUUCAUUUGAUGACACCAGUAAGUUUUUCCAUUAGUCAUCCCCUAUAUGUAACAUAACUAGGAUUGGUUCUCUGCUAAGCAAUCUUUUGUAUAUCCUCUAUUAACACUUAAUAGUACUACUACUACCUAUGAAGUGCUCAUUCGGUAUAAUAGCUGUAAUGCCAUCACUGCUGUUGUUAUUAGUCUGCUGCUAGCCUGCUAUCUGAUCAAUCUUAACUCAUCUGAUAUCUCCUACAACUAUCAUGCAGCAAGGCUCCGCCCCAUGCGUUUUACAGAUGAGCCAGCACCUGGUUACACUGCGUUCCCCAUAGGCACUCUACAGGUCUUUACAGUCAAGGUUGCUGGAAUAAAAAGGGGCUUACAGUGGCCACUGGAUGUGUUUGGUUUUGUCGCCGUAAGCGACUCCAUUGACAAUAAUCGCAAUAUUAUCUUCAACCGCACGAGGAACAACUGCCAAACCCUCACUGAAAAGGAUCGAUAUUUUGUACUAACAGGUCCAACCCGUGCUGUUGUGUGGCCGGCUCAUGUCACCAUUGAGGUUAAGCUCACAAUGAAGGGCACUACUGAAUCUGAGGAUAAAGAUUUGAGCUUUCUAGCCGUGCCAUUAUCUAGCAGCCACGCCGCAAGAUAUUCGUACCUGUUUCGUCGUUAUAAAACUAGCAAGGUUAGCACUUUGGAGUUUACAUUUGGCCAUAUUGUUGAAUCUGUGGAGGCCACAAUAUUUGUGCGUGUCAUUGAUGGUUCAUGGCCAGACAGUUGUUGCGGCCAAUUUGCCGCCUUUAGCACUGGAGUUCGCGAAAAGGGUUUCAGAACCAUUGAUAGCCAGAAAAUCAUCUUGCUUGAUUCUAGAGGUGAGAAAGUGCUUGUUACUGGUGAUGGCGAGAUCGAGCUUUUACGGCAUGUUGUUUCUGUUGAAAAGAGAGGAACGCUGAAAGUUUAUGUGAAAUCAUGGGACUGGGAGACAUCUAAAGGUAAAAAGAAUGUUGCGGAGGAUGAAUGGGUUUUCGCACCUCAAGAAGCCAAGAGAAGCUAUGGCAGGCUUGAUACUGGUUUUUGUAAGAUGGAAGUUACAGUCGCUUGGUCGCUCAUUUCGUAUGAACCGGUCGUUUUGAAUGUUUAGGAAUAGCUGUCCCUUUUGUAGCAGGAUAUAUAUUAUGGUAUAUGUUAUUGUGAUUCUGUUCUAACACAGAAACAUGAAA